AAACAGAAGAAAAAGCUAACCGAUAAACAGGCUGAAUCCGCAAACUGCGUUGAUGACUGGCAAACUGAGAAUUUGUGACGGGUAAUAUAUUAUAGCGUUAACUUUUCGACUGACUGUUUGUAGUUUUAUAUGACAUAGCUAAACACGAUUAGCUACUUUUGGAGGCGAGAAGAAAGGCAUACAAUGCCGUGGGAGCGCUUUUUCUCAUCUUCGCCUCUCCUUGCUCGUCUUCCUCAUUUACCGACUGCGUGAGGACGGACUCAAACAAGAAACUGCUGUAUCGACAACUGUCAAUAACUGUAGCUAGCAAGCUAGCUAGCUGUAACCUUAACAAGUGUUAAUUUACAAUGGCGGAUAGCGUAGGAGAGGUUGCUAAUGGUGAAAUUGGGUUAGGUGUUGGUAGUCAGGGAAAUGGAGCUCCGUUGUUACCUAGUUUGGGUAAUUCUCUGCCGGGCCACUCGACGAGUGGAGCUAACCUGGCCUCACCACCUCCUGCAGCGGCCGCAGAGACUGGCCUAGCUGUCAUGUCCCCUGGAGCCACAACCACCUCAACCGUGGUGACUGGGAGCGGGUUUGGAGGUGCAGGUGUUCUUAGCGCUGUAGUGGGCUCUGCCAUUCCAAUACCCCUCUACUCGGCCACCAAUGCUCUGCCAGGCGGUAUCGGUUUGGGGGUGGCCGGAGCAGGCCUCUUGUCCCAAAUUCAUGCAACGUCCUGGGACCCAACACUAAGUACCGACUGGGACAACGAGAAGACGUCCCAGCAAUGCAUUCUCCGAAUCAAAAGGGAUAUAAUGUCCAUCUAUAAGGAGCCUCCCCCGGGUAUGUUUGUGGUUCCUGACCCCCACGACAUGACUAAGAUCCAUGCCCUCAUCACAGGACCCUUCGACACGCCCUACGAGGGAGGCUUCUUCCUCUUCCUGUUCCGCUGCCCCCCGGACUACCCCAUCCACCCCCCACGGGUCAAGCUCAUCACCACCGGCCAAAACACUGUGCGCUUCAACCCCAACUUUUACCGUAACGGCAAAGUAUGCCUCAGCAUCCUCGGGACUUGGACAGGGCCAGCAUGGAGCCCAGCCCAAAGCAUCUCCUCCGUUCUGAUCUCCAUCCAGUCCCUGAUGACUGAGAACCCCUACCACAACGAGCCAGGCUUUGAACAGGAGAGACACCCGGGGGACAGCAAGAACUACAAUGAGUGCAUCCGCCAUGAGACCAUGCGCGUGGCUGUAUGUGACAUGCUGGAUGGGAAGGUGCCCUGUCCAGAAGCCCUGUGGAGUGUGAUGGAGAAAUCAUUCCUGGAGUACUAUGACUUCUACGAGGGGGUCUGCAAAGAGAGACUACACCAACAGGGACAGAACAUGCAGGACCCUUUUGGGGAGAAGAGAGGUCGCUUCGACUACCAGGGCCUACUGGCACGCCUGAGCACCACCCAGAGGCGCAUUCGGGAGAAGUGCCCACCGGAGGACAACGAUGACCACUCAGACUCUGACACCAGCUCCUCAGGCACGGACCCAGAUAGCCAGGGCAGCUCCCAGCCUUAGUCACCAGAUGGCGCCACACUACCUUUCUUUUUCAGUCUCCCCCUUUCUGUUUUUGCAAGAUGGUUUUGGCUCAAGUGGGAUGUUGAGGGGAAAGGCCUGAUUUCAGGAAGCACUUAUGAUACAAAGGCAGGGGAUAGCUUAAUGUCUGUUUUGAUUGGUUCCCCCCCCCCCCAAUGACUGCCUUUUAAUUUGUUUCCCCCAGCUGUUGUAAGUUAACAAUGCCAGUCUACACUUAGAUGGUGUUGGGAGUUUGGCUUGUAGAAAUGGACACUGUUUUUUUUAAAGCAAUUUGUCAUAGAUUCUGCCUUUUUGUCUUUGUUUUCCCAUGCCUGAUUGGAUUAGGAAGAAGCGGUGAAAUCUGAGAUUGACCAUUCUCAAUAUUCAGUCUGUACAACCACAUCAGUCGUCUUAAUCAAAUCACCAAACUUCUAUUCAUUCAUACAUUGGUACACACACCUCAGACUAUCCAUUUCUAAAGUCCCAUUGUCUCAUGUUCUUUCCUUAAUCUGAACAGUACUUAAUAAAAUUAUGAACCAAGUCAUAAUUACAUUAUGAAUUCAUAAUGAAUUGCAUUAGUAAAAAUAAAAAACACCUCCAGUAAUGCCUAGUACAAAAUAUGUACAGUUGCGGGCACAUAUAUUGGCACCUUUGCACUUUACAGUGGAACAGAUUGUAAUAUUAUUUUAAAAACUGGUUGGAUAGCUAUUUUUACCCUGUAGGCACUUGCAACUUAUGACAAGUGAGGAAAAAUUACACAAUCUCUUGCCUCUAACCACUUUUUUAUUUUUUAUUUUCAAUAAUGCAGUCCAGGCCAUAUUUUGACUUUUUUUUUUUUAAAUCAAAAUUUGUUUCAUAACAUUUGCAGAUACAAUUAAGUUUUUUUUUUCUCUACUUAUUUGUGAAGAAAUAGUGAAUCGUUCGAGGGUGCCAAUAUAUCUAAUGUAUAUAUGCACAGCGAGAGAGUUUAUUGUAGUCUGUGGGGAGUUUCUUAAAAUAAUUUUCCAAUGACUGACUGCUAAAGCCUGCAUGGAAAGUUUUUUUUUUUUUUCUCUGCAUGAAAACAAAUCUCAAUGUUUGUUCAUGAUUAUCAUUGCGCUGUAUGUAGUGUUGUGGAUUUCACCUUCAAGAGAUGUUUUUCUUCUCUGAUGCUAAAAUGCUGAGUCUAAUAGGGAUCCUAAUAUCUCCAUUUAAGCUAAAUGGUGGAGUCUAUGGACAUUAGGUUUGGGGUCACUACAAAACGUUUAGAAAGAUGGAUUUGUCAUUUGACCUGUCCCAUUUAACCAAUGCCACAUUUUCCAUUGCAUUUUUCAUUGAAGGCAGUGGACUGGUGCCUCUUCAGCUCUAUAUAGCGGAGUCAGCCGGUACCAAACAGGCACAGACCUGUUUGUUAGAUCUCCACGGUGUCACCUUUUCAGUCAUCUGAAAGCCACCACCAGGAUUUUCAAACGAGCCACGGGAAAUGUUUUAUGAUGGUAACAUAAAUACCAGACACCUGCUUCGAUGCCGUGACAACUUUCAUUCAUUGAGAGUUUCCGCCUGUGAUGCGUUUCUGUAGAUUGGUUUGUAGAAUGAUUUUAUGUUGUUUUGGCCGCUUUAAGCACUAAAUGUUCUACAUUGGCUUACAUAUCUGGUGUCCGAAGUGCGUUCCACAGGUUGAAACAGUCUUAAGAUACAAGUUCAAUAUAAACCUAACCUGGCAGUAACACUGACAACACAAACUUCAAAUGGACUUAAAGUGAUCGAGGAUUUUUUUUUUUUUUUAGUAUGAGAAACCGUAUGACCCGUUCUAAACAGUGGUCUUGUCUGCUGUAAGGGGUCAAUCUUAUUUUUUCAUAUUGAUGUAAAGUUCUUAUUCUCGCUUUGAAAGACGUUAAGCCUUAUCGAGACUUCUUCCCGAGCCACAUUUGUUUUCAGUCUCUGAAUUGUCCCCCUUCAAAGUGUCACGAAACAUUGCCUAUCAGCCUGGGCAGCUCACCAAUAACCUCUAGUGAGGCCUCAGUGGCUGUUCAGCGGAUAGGGGGCUAAACACCUCUACCGUGUCACUUGGUUUGUAGUCCUGUCUAGCAAGAUGCAACAAAUAAUUAUACUGUCUUCAGUCUUUAUUGCAUUUUGGAACUACCCACUCAGGAUACAACAAAACCUCUUGCUUUGUAAUUGCCUGUCUGGACCACAAUCUACUGUCUAAUUAAGGUCAGCUCCAAUGCAGAGUGGCACCCAAACAGGACUGGACCACACCCUUCUUUUCCUUCUCAUGGACAUGUUUUUCUAUUCCCUCCCAUCUGGGUGCAUUUCUGCUCACUUCUCUCAGUCGACAGGGACUGGGACUUCCUCUCACAGGAAAAAAUGUUGGAUUUAAUAGAUCUAAUGUUUGAGAGUACUGCUAACUUUGUUUGCAAAGUUUGAAAAAAAAUGUUUAAAAUGUAUGACUCUACUGCAAAUGAAAAUAUUAAAGCAAAGAUACUACUGGCCAGCUCCACUGCAAAGGAUUAGGUGUGAGAUGCUCAAUGUAGCGACCAGUCAGUUUGAAGCCUUGUUAUGGUUUGGUGUGUAUAUUCCUGUAGCAUUCUGAUGUGACCCGUCUAGUGUGUCCCUUGUCUGAUGGUUUAUUUUGGGUUUGUGCCCCCAACCCAGAGAUUCAAACUGAAUCGCUUUUAUUAAGGCAUCUUCAAUCCAUAAUGAUAUGGAUUUCCAUGUAGAUGUUUUCAGGAAGUGACUUAUGUAAAGUGUAAACUUCUAGAAUAAAUGUUGGCCAUGACAUAGUAAAAGUAUAUAAUAAUUACAAAUGGGGAUACCUUAUCUGUCAGCCAUCUCAAUGAGAUAAGUAACAUUUGUAUUGAGUCCCAUUGCGUUAGAUGUCUCAUGGUAUGUCCGACCUUCAAUCUAUGUAAUUUCUUAUGAGAUUAGUGUGACACUAUAAUAAUACUGCACCUUUUCCCCAAGAUUGAAUUUAGGACUUGGGAUGGUGUAGAGUAGACCACAUUGCUUCUUAGAUGGCUACCAGCAAUGUACAGGGCUGCUAAACCUAGCUGCCACAGAGCUGCUGCUCUACGACAGGGUUUCCCUGAACUCUGUCUCGCCCCCCCACCCCCACCCCCUUGUGGUGCACAUUUUGGUUUUUGCCCCAGCACUACACAGCUGAUUCAAAUAACCAACUCAUCAUCAAGCUUUGAUUAUUUGAAUCGGCUGUGUAUUGCUAUGGCAAAAAACUAAACGUGCACCCAGGGGGUGGCCCCCAGGACGGAGUCUGGGAAAUCAUGCUCUACAGUACAUUCCCACAGGGGCGUUCAACACUCUAAUGGCCAUUCAUUCUGUCUCAGUCAAUGGUAAGUGAAUGGUUUACAUUUUUGAGUUGACAAUAUGUGGGACCCAUUUUAGGCCUUGACUCAACGUUCCAGGCCAAGGCAUUAGUCCCAAAACUUUGACUGCCACGUUUAUGCAAGACUAUUUUCAUCUGAUUUAAUUUCUGUUUUCAUUAUAUUGUAUAUGUAAAAAAAAAUACUAAUAAAAUAUACAAAUGGCUA